ACGAAAUCUUUCACACCAAAGUGGAUCAAGGCGGGCACUGCACAACUUGCCUCAUGGCGACCACCAAGCAAAAGCUCCUCUUCGUUCUCACGUCCCACGACAAGCUCGGCAACACGGGCCACCCUACAGGAUGGUACUUGCCCGAACUGGCACACCCUUACCAGUUCCUAGUCCAGCACUACGACAUCACGGUUGCGUCUCCUCUCGGAGGCGUUGCCCCGCUAGACCCUAGCAGCAAGGAAGCGUUCGCCGCCGACCCGGAUUCAAUUGCGUUCUUGAACGACCCCGUCGCCCAACACACCGUUGCGAACACGAGAAAGUUGUCGUCCUUGUCAAAAGACGAACUCGUGACGUUUGUCGGCGUCGUGUAUCCUGGAGGCCACGGCCCCAUGUUUGACUUGCAUUCGGAUGCAGAAAGCCACCGCGUGAUUACCACGGUGUGGGAAAACAAUGGCGUCGUCGCGUCAGUAUGCCAUGGUCCUGCGUCAGUGUCGGCGGUGAAGCUCUCGGAUGGUUCCUACCUUGUCGCUGACAAGAAUGUCACGGGCUUCUCCAACGCUGAAGAGGACGCAGUGAAUCUAACCGCGGCCAUGCCGUUCCUGCUCGAAGACGAACUCAAGCAGCAUGGGGCGCGUUACUCCAAGGCGGACAACAUGUGGGCUGAGCACGUCGUGGUCGACGGCAAGUUGAUCACGGGCCAAAACCCUGCAUCGUCCCACAAGUUUGCGCACGAAAUCCACAGAGUGUUGAGCCAGCAUUAACCUUUCCAAUACUUUCCAUGUCCACCAGAGCGUAGCGGUUGAGGUGUAUUGCGCGUGUUUUUGUUUGGAGGGGACCUGUGCGUUCGCAGACGAUGUUACAUAGAACAAGGACAAGUUAGUGGCAGCUGAGGUCUUCCUACGAGAGAAAUGAAAUCCCUGUGAAUGCUCGAUA